CAGAAAAAUAUAAAAGAGCUUCUUAUCGAGAUUCAAAGCAACUCCGUUUCGGCAGUUCUUUCUUCAAGACGGACGCAAGUAAAACGAUCGUGCAACCAUUUACAGUAAAGUAAUAACAUUCCCAAUCGUAAAAGGAAUGUCUGCUUUAAAGAUUACGGUAAUCAUUUCAGCAGUGAUAGUAAUAGCAGCUUGCGCUGAGAAUCCAUCCGGCAGAGAUGAUUUAAGUCUGUCGGAGACAAAGAGAAGGAGGCAUCGGCAGUACGCAAUCUACGGCCGAGGUGGUUACGGUGCCCAUAUCCAACAUGGCUACAGCCAAAGUCAGCAUGGAUACGGUCACAUUCAACCUCACUAUGGUCAAAUUCAACAUGCGUACAGCCAACACAAUGGAUACGGACAACCUAACGGAUACGUACAAGUUGCUGGGUACGCUCGAGGACAUGGCCAAACAAAUGGCUAUGGCUACGCUCUAGCACACACACACGGUCAACUUAACGGAUACACGGGCCAUAGCAGAGGAUAUGGUCACAUUGAAUUUCGUCCAACUAUACAGAGAUACGGCUAUGAAAGUGACUACGGAUAUCAAAAUGCCUAUGGCUAUCCAACGGGUUACGAAUCUGACGAAACGCACAGCUACGAGACCAAAGGUGAAAAUUCAAAUACGUACGAAGAAAAGAAGAAGGGAUAUGACUCGGCAGAACAAACACAUCACCCAGCCAAAAAGCGAAAAAUCUAAAACUUCCAAUAAUUAUACGAAAGGACAAGAUUCCCACGAUGAGAAUGAAUACGAGAUGAAAAGCGCAGAAAAAUCGAAGGCAAACAAAGGCUACAAAAAUUCGAAAUCAAUAAAAAAAUCCGACAAG